GACCAAGCAUACGAGAACAUAAGUAAAUGAUUCACGUCGAUGAUUAUGAAAAAUGAACAUCUCACUGACUCCUUCACCGAUCUCAUCGCACUGAACUAUUAGGCAAAACGAUUAGAGAUCUACAAGAUGAUAUGAAGCGAAAGAUACAAGAGUAGGAAUUUUGUUUAAUUAUUCAACGUCUACGCUCUAUUUCUCAUUCGUUGAAACAACGCUUAACAACCAUUUAGGCAAUCUGAACAUGAAUCGCGCCUUGUCAAUUUCUCAAAGGAACUCAUCAGUAAAAUUGUGAACUUGACAGAAAAACGUUGCGGUAGCUUUGUGACAUUAUAUAUUGAUUCAGUGAAAGAGUUCCAAACAAACAUGAAUCAAGAGAUGGAAAAGCAACUAUCCAAAGUGCUGGAAGAUAUACAGUCAUUGAAGCAGUCAAAACUGGAAAAAACAGAUAUUAAACAAUUGAAAGAUGAGUUCGAGGCGUCGAAAGCAAAAAUGGUCGAUUUCUCGAGAAGAACUAUUCAAGCUGUUACUGCUCAAAUUGAUCAAAGUACUCAACGUCAACGCAGCUUAAUUGAAAAAUUGAAAGAGGAGUUUGACAUAGGACGGAUUACAGCUACAGUAGAAACAACUGUAAUUGAAAAGUUGACAGCAACAUUAGAUGAUAAACAGAAAGAAACAUUGAAAGAAGUAAAGAAGGAAAAUGAAGAGGUAUUGAAAUCGAUUCCUGCCAGGAUUGCCGAAACUGUGAGGAAGGAGGUGUAUGAGCAAGUGGGACCGGUCAAUUUACAAAAAAUAAUCGAAGGUUUAUCAGAGUAUAAAGCACUCAAGUCAUUGUCUGAAAAGAUGAUCACAAUUACAGAGCAGCAAAUGCAAAUGCAACAGCAGCAACAGAAUAAGAACGAUAACAGUCGUACCGCCAGUCCUGCAGAAACAGCCGCAGCGUCAGCAACAUUGAUGGCUUCUCAGGAGGCGAUUAAGCAAUCCAUCCAACAUAUCUCAUCUGAACUUGCACAGUUGAAACAAAAAAAUCAAUCAACACGUGCAAUUGUUGAAACGCUUCGUAUUCAAGGAGUGCCAAAUACCAAUGCUGCUCUUCAUCAGUUCGAUCAAGUAGCUGCAGUUAAACAUAUAGAGGAAAUGCAACGUGAAAUUGAAUUUAUGCAUAACAACGUGAAGAUGAUUGAGCCAGUGAUUAAAAUGCGCGCACAAGCAAUCGAAGAGAAGAUGAAUGCUAUGGCGAGCAUCCGCAACACAGACGCAGACAAUGGUGAUUCCAGAAAGAGACCAAGAACAGAAGAUGUCACUGAUGGUAAUGCUAUGGUAGAGACUACAGCGACAGCUACUAGCAAUGUUGCUGUUUUGGAAAAAAUACUUGAGAUUGAUGCUAAGCAUCAAAAAUUAUUGGAUUUCCUAUCACAAUACAAGGAAACUGUGUUGAAUGAUACUUUCCCUGCACGUUUAGAAGCAGCUAUGAAAAAAAUUGAGCAGGUUUUACGUAAUCAUGAAACGUUCAUUUCUUAUUUGAUUGAUCCUUUCACAACCGCCAAAAAGGUUCAAGCUCUGAGCUUGCCAUCCUCUCUGGGCGCAAAUGAAUCAAGUGCUUCGAAUGUAGCGAGCGAUACCCUUGGUUCGCUUAAUCCAGCAAUGCUUGAUGCAAUAACCCAACUUGUAAAGCAAACAGCAGAAGAGAUUUCCUUACCAUUGCAAAAGAAAAUCAAAUUGCUUGAAGAGAAACUCGAAGCCAAACAACAGAACAGCAAUAGCAAUUAGCCAUCACAUACUUUCGAAGCGCUAGAACAAGUUAUACAUACCUGUAGUCUUCCGUCUGCUACUGUACAUCAAUUUAGUAACGAGAAGUGCUCAUCAAUCCUUUUUUAUACAAUGCAGACACCCUUUCGCGCAUUAUCUUCAUUUUACAUUUGUAUAGAAGCUUCAUUACAUACUUAAAUAAAGUGGAUUACACUCCUUUACUAUUCCCUCC